AUGGGGGGGCAGUUAGGGGGCCUGCAACAUGCAGGAACAGGUGUCUGUGGGGGGCCCCCCAUAGAGACCCACAUUCCUGAGAGAAUGCUUUCACCAUCAGCCCGUCCUUCGGGCCCCUGCCUGGACCUGUGGAACCUGUUGGACCAGAGUAGGAGUGUGGAUCACGACGAAGCCAGCGAGCUGGAGCUGAGAAGGCCCUCAAACCCGGCCAUCAUGGAGAACGGGCACCAGCCAGGGGCAGGUCCAGGCGAUGGACCUCCUGAGGUUGCCCAAAUCUUUCUGGCACCAGAGCCCCCCAAGCCUCGCCCCGUGAGCCUCAACUUGCAGCUGCCCCACCAGCCAGUCACGGCCGUCACCCGUGUCUCCGAGAGGUUCUCUGGGGAGACCUCAGCCGCAGCUCUGUCACCCACAUCUGCUGCCAUGCUGGGGGGCCUCAGUUCGAGUCCCAGCGAAGCCACCACAUCCUGGACUCCCAGUCCAAGUGAGAAGAGUUCCUCUUUCACACGGUCUGUGUCGAGUUCUGGCUACGGGGCAGUGACGGCAGGCAAGUGCUCCAGCAGCCCGCUGCUGGUGACGCCACCUCAGUCACCCCCGUCCCCGCAGCCGCCAGCCACGACUCAGUCCCGUCGCCAGGGGGAGCGUCGCAGGGAGCUGGUGAGGUCACAGACGCUGCCCCGCACGUCGGAGGCGCAGGCCCGGAAGGCGCUGUUUGAGAAGUGGGAGCAGGACACGGCGGGCAAGGGAAAGGGCGAGGCCCGGGCCAAGCUGAAGCGGUCGCAGAGCUUUGGCGUGGCCAGUGCCAGCAGCAUCAAGCAGAUCCUGCUCGAGUGGUGCCGCAGCAAGACUCUGGGCUACCAGCACGUGGACCUGCAGAACUUCUCCUCCAGUUGGAGUGAUGGGAUGGCCUUCUGCGCCCUGGUGCAUUCCUUCUUCCCUGACGCCUUCGACUACAAUGCCCUGAGCCCCAUGCAGCGGCAGAAGAACUUCGAGUUGGCCUUCACCAUGGCCGAGAAUCUGGCGAACUGUGAGCGCCUCAUUGAAGUGGAAGAUAUGAUGGUGAUGGGACGCAGGCCGGACCCCAUGUGCGUCUUCACCUACGUCCAGUCGCUAUACAACCACCUGCGUCGCUUCGAGUAAAGCCCUCGGGCCCGGAGAGCCAAAUAGCAAUGCCAGGAAGAGACUGCGGGGCUGCUGGCGUUCCCCACAUCGGGACGACCCCAGAAGAGUUGCCUUUGGGGCGAGCACGCUGUUUGUCCUGUGGCAUGUGACUGCGCUCCCCUUCACGGCCAGCUGUAUUCCUGAUUAAAAGCACCGCUGAGCUGUGCUCUGCCAGCAUCGAUCACAACCAAGGGCUCCGAGGAAAAGGAAAAAUUACCAGAGAGAGAGAAAGUGGUGCUAAAUCAUGAUCUUCCUAAAGAAAUGCUUGUCUCUGUAGAUGACCGAAUGCUAAAUUAUGAUUUUCCCUCUGGUGAAUUGGAUAACUCGGCUUUACAGGGUUAUGUUGAUUACCAAGUGUUUUUUAUCAAAAUACCCAGAGUUUUUUUUUUUUUUUUUUUUACUUCCUUACACUAUUGUAGGUCUCUUUCCUCCCUCCCUCUGGGCAAGUGCCAGAAAACAGACCACUUAAUCAGCAGCUUGACAAAGAAGACUCAAGUCUUGGGAAGAAACAGUUUAAUCACUCCCAGGUCCUGGGCCACAGAUGACCUUCAAGUCACCUCUGUUCUCCGGGGAGAUGGGAAGGCUCUCACCUUGGUCCCCAAGUGCUCUUGUUCUUCUCAAGAGGCCCUGCAAGUGUUUGGCUAAGAAUAGGCUCUUUUGGGGAAGGAUAGGCCCUUUGUGCUGAGAGUUUUUAUUCACGUUUUUCUUAAGGAAUUUACUGCAAAUAUUUAUAAAAAGUAAUUCCAUCUGUACCGUUGACCCAAUUGUACAUAAAAAUAUGUGUCAAACUUUG